GUGCUUUCAGACGUACCUGGCCUGCCAAUGAUGACGUCUGCUGAACCGAAACCUGGGGAAAUAGUGCCUGGAAACCCGGGAACGGGAAGAACUCUGGGAACCUCACCCAGAACCACAUCUCACUCAUUUGACAGCCCCCUUCAACUUUUUUCGCGCGAGUAUGCAUACGCAACGGGGGAUCGUAUAGCUUUAUUGACAUGGUAAACUGACCCACGUUGGAUAUGUCAAAUGGCGGCCAACCUCGGUCGUCGCCUGUCUUUCAUUUCACAGCUGGCCUAGGCUCCGGCGUCCUAUCAGCCGUUCUUCUCCAACCCGCCGACCUCCUCAAGACGCGUGUCCAACAAUCCGGCUCCAGCUCUCUCAGCGCCUCCUUCCGCGAAAUUUUAGCUGGCCCAAAAGCCAUCUGGGGAUUCUGGCGCGGAACCGCGCCGUCUGCUCUGCGAACCGGGUUGGGAUCCGCUUUGUACUUUACCAGUCUUAAUGCACUUCGACAACAUGUUGCGCGCUCGACUUUGCUCCAGAAUAUAGGCGUCGUCGAUGGGUCGAAGGUGCAGCCUUCGACGUCGUCUGCGCUGCCGAAGCUCUCGAACUUGGCGAACCUCACGACGGGCGCGAUAGCGAGGACAUCAGCGGGGUUUGUGCUGAUGCCUAUAACGGUGAUCAAAGUGCGCUAUGAAUCGAAUAUGUACGCCUACCACUCUAUCAUUGGCGCGAGCAAGGAUAUCUUGAAGACGGACGGUAUUAGAGGGUUUUUUGCUGGGUUUGGCGCAACUGCGGUCCGCGACGCUCCGUAUGCGGGGUUGUAUGUAUUAUUUUAUGAGCAGUUUAAAAAGAGGAUGAGUCGGAUGGCUCAGAAUGUUGGGGUUCCUGGCGCUCCAGAGAUGGCCAUGGCGGGAGGGACUUCAGCGUCUAUCAACUUCGGGUCUGGGGUUGUAGCUGCGGGGCUUGCGACGGCGAUUACGAAUCCUUUCGAUUCGAUCAAGACGAGGAUUCAAUUACGGCCGAGGGAAUACCGGAAUAUGGUGCAGGCGUCGAGGAAAAUGAUCGCGGAGGAUGGGUUCAGGAGUUUGUUUGAUGGGCUGGCGAUACGGAUGGCGAGGAAGGCUAUGAGUUCGGCGCUGGCUUGGACACUUUAUGAAGAACUCAUUAGAAGAGCAGAGCUUCCUUGGAAAGAGAAAGAGAAGGAGAAAAGCCUCUCGUAAGGGCAGGGCCCUUUGUUAGAAUGUAACUCUACUCAGUGUAUGAUGCGAACGGCUGUAUCAACAACAUUUUUACUCUAUACUACUCACGAACUUUGGUCACCAUCUCUGGGAC